UGUCAUCACCGGCGCUGAUCGGCGUGAGCCUGGCGGCCAGUCUGUUCCUUGUUUCUGUGGCAGCCAUCAGCUACUUCUGCUACCGCGGCGGCGAGGAGGCUCCCUGGAAGCUGGUGUACCGGCCGGGGGCAGGGGCCCGGUGGGCGUACCGGCCUGUCCCCAGGGGACCUGGCCGCGGCGGCCGCCGCCAGCGACGGCCGCCCGAGGAAGGGCAGAGUGAGCCGGGCGAGAGCUCUGGCAGUCCGCUCCUUUCCGGAGAUGACUCGGAGAACACUGGGAGUGGCGAAAAUCCUGGCAGUCCGCUCCUCUCCGGAGACGGCUCGGAGAAUGCUGGGAGUGCCGAGAGCUCUGGCAGUCCGCUUCUUUCCGGAGACUGUGCGGAGAGCGCCGAGGGUGUCAAGAGCUCGUUCUCUUUACGGACAGGCCAGCGCUGCUGGGAGAGCACACGGCCGUCAGAGGGUGGCCAGGAGAGUGCCGAGAACCUGCUAUUGCCCGAGCCCGAUCGGAGCAAGUUGGACGGCUCUCUGCCGUCUCCGGACGCCCAGGCGAGCUCUGAAGACUUGCUGCUGUUCGGGCACCUUUGGGUGGGUUGCCGGAGGGACGCGCCGGCCGCCGACAGACGGCAUGGCGCCGCUGCGCGCCUGCUGGCCGCUGGCCGGGCUGGCCAGCCUCAGACGGCGCUCAUCACCUGCCACACCUCUCUGCCAUCUCAUCUGACACGGUCAGGCUCGAUGCCGGGGCCCUGCAGCUCGCUCCAGCCGGCAGCCAGCGCACAGUGCGUGUCUGCGUACGAGCGUGAGCGGGGCCUGGAGUGUCGCACGGCCAGCCGAGACCUCCCAGCAGCGCCGCGCCCUGGCGACGGCCGCCGCCGAGCUGGCAGACUGGUGUGAGCCCGCGCCGGCUCCAGACAACGAGAGGGCUUGCCGGCCAAUGCUCAGGGGGAAAACAACGAUUGACUGCCGGCCAGGCCGCCGUCAGGACACGACCCCGUGCUGCGUCCAAGCAGUAAAGCGAUGAGAGCGGCGGACUGCGGGCCAGGCCGCCGUCAGGACACGACCCCGUGCUGCGUCCCAGCAGUAAAGCGAUGAGAGCGGCGGACUGCGGGCCAGGCCGCCGUCAGACGACCACUGCAGACCGCUUCUGCGCCAGGGCCGGUCCCGUCUCUGUGCCGAGUUCGGUACCGUCUUUGUGCGGGCCUCGGUCCCGUUUCUGCGCCGGGCUCGGUCUCAUCUCUGUGCCGGGCUGAGUCCCGCCCCUGUGCCAGACUCGGUCCGCCCCUAUUGCGGGCUUGGUCCGCCCCUGUGCCGAGCUCGGUCCGGUCUCUGUGCCGAUGCUGGAAGGAAAUACCGUGAGGAAGAGCGGAGCGUGAGAACAGUCAGAUGUGUUUAGAGGCGAUAGUUAUCAGCCAUAUCAGACUGUACCUUCGAAGCGAGGCGCCCGAGCAGGCACUCUUGAUGUCGGGCUUGUUGAAUCGCGUCCACCGUAAAUGCAACGUUUCCUUGCGUCUAGUAGAUGAUGUUUACUAGCGGUUCAUGUAUGGCGCCUUUGGCGCAGGCAUUUAUCACUAAGCUGCACGGCUGCUGGUUUUCGUUCUGACGCUACUUUUUGGAGGUUUGGUAUUAAUAUGACAGCAUACGACUUCAUUGGUGUUAUUUUGGAAAUAUUCCGCGCUUUUGUGGAUGGCUGUAAUGAAGUAUCAGAGUGCUCAAUGAAGACGGACAUACCCGUGAGUUCGCAAAGCAUUGGCAGUUACAGCGUAAAGGUAAGCAAAGAACAGAUAAUUUAAGAAAUCAUAUGGAAUCUAGAGAGCUUGUCGGUAGAAAUUCUACUAAUUGGUACAGUUGUUUACAUGUGUGUAAAGGGUGAAUCUACCGGGGCAUGGUUUAGCAAAAUGAUUUGGGAAGGGAUGAGCAAUGAAAAAUGCCGUAGCCUAGCCUCAUAAUACGCCAAGAAACCGGUUUCUCUCCGGAUUUCGUCCACUUUCUUCUCAAAGUUGGGGGAGCUAGAGACACCAAACUGAACAGGAAUCUACAGUCCUGAUAUCUACACAAUGUUUGACGUGCUCAGUGCUAUGAAGCGUCAUGUCAUUUUAUUGCUAACAUUACAACCAAUGCGUGCAAGGUUAAAUUUGCCGGCUUAAUGUCACGGUCAAUGAAAUCAUGCAGCACAUCAGUCGCAAACUGUUUUUUAUGAUCAAGAAUAGUCCGAAAAAACUGGUGAUAAUGCGAUGCACCCUUUAUAAAGACGGUCCUUAUUUUUUUCCAAAAUUCUGCUGUGCCGCCCAUUGUGGGAUUAAUUGACAAGAGAAAUGGCAAAGUUUUAAAGCGAUUGGAUGAUAUUUAGACUUGUCCACGAGCACCUGAAGCAGCUAUGUCGGGCAGUUUGCUGCCUUGAAGUCUCCAUUUGCUCGGCAUAUCGAAGAAGCCCUUUUACGCUACCGUUAAUUCGACUGAUACCUUGUAGUCCUCUCCACGCUAGCGUUCAUUUGACUGAUUAUUGAUUUGGUCCCACCGCAAGCCACAGACACAUAAUUUUGAAAUACGGAAAACACCUAAUUUUAGUGCCACGAAAAACAGGUGUGAGCCGGCACAAGUUUUAUCGUGUCUUGUUGUUUUUUGUCAAGGCUAUGCAAAUACACAGUAAACUUUAA